CUUUGCUGAGGUCAGGUCGAGUCCUAGAGAGUGUCCAGAGUCAUUGGAGGCCUCAAGUCCAGUCUGCAGCCACAGUCAAUUGCAAGUAAGCCUCAGGCACAGUAUUGUCAGUCAUCAGUCAAGUCAGUUACAGUCAUCAUUUGUCAAUCAACGUGUCGUGCACUAAAACUGUCCAAAUCUACUAGAAGUCCCAGCAAGCCCUUAAGGUCUCUGAGCCACUGGUCACCUCCGUGGGCCCUGGCUGAACUGUAUAGACGUAAUCAUCUGUCUACCCUCAGUAAAGCUACCGUUAUCUGUAACUUGGCAUUGGAGUCAUUAUUGCCCCCGUGCCUAGCCCAGGAUCCAGCGGUAUAUCUUCGGGUGGUAUCAAGGAUAAACCGCAUCCUGGUGUCACGAAUACAAGGGGUUAAUGCCAUCUGUCCCUAGGGUAACAACAUCUGCCCUCAUCACAUCCCGUUACCACACUUUGUUUGGAAAAAGUGAAGAAUAUAGAAAUAAAAAAUACAGCUAUACAAUUCUUCUGCAUGACAUAGACCGGAUUUGCCCAGUAGAUGGUGCUCACAGUCUUGUGUGCGAAAAUACCUCAUUGUCUCAGCAAGGCGAAUGUAGAAUCCAGCAUCAUUUGCCUGGCACAAAAUGUCUGAGUCCAGCUUCAAGUGCAGAACAACUGCUUGUUCAUCUUACAUGCUGUGGCUGGUGGGAUUCAGUAUUCUCUCUUAUUCUCGCGGAUAUGUGAUUGUAAAUUCAGUGUCAUGGUCGGUCACCAAUGAGGUAGAAGAAGAAUUGGACAGCUCUUCCACUGAAGAUGCUUUACCAGCACUACUAGAAGACACGAUCAGCAUGUGGAAGCAGAGCUAUCCAGCUUCAGCUUACAAGGAGGAAAGGGAGAUGAAGUCCAGGCCAGGGCCUGAUGUGUCCAAACAGAUGAUCUCGCCAUCCAGGAUGUUCUCCUACAAGAGAGAGAGCAGCACGGUCACCGAAAGCCCUUCUUCUCUAGCUGUCCUCCAGCAAAGGCUGCUCACCAAUGCCAGAAUAUUAGCCCACAAAAGCAAAUGGGGGACCCUGGCAACUCUUUCCACCCAGGAGACUAUACAAGGAGUGCCUUUUGGCCAAGUUCUACUAACCAGCGAUGGCCCUGUGGAUAACAGUACUGGAGUUCCAUACUUUUAUGUUACUCCAAAGUCAAGCUUUAUUACCGAUUUGAUGAAGAAUCCAGUUGUAUCGUUCACAUUUGCAGAUCCAAAUGGUGAUAUUUGCAGAGAGACUAUUACAGACCCACAGGAUCCACAGUGUGCUGCAUUAACACUAAUAGGCCAAGUGAUGAAUGUACAACCAGAUGAAGAAGAAUUUGCCAAGAAAGCACUAUUCUCCAGACAUCCUGUUAUGAGAAAGUGGUCUCAGAGUUUCAACUGCCUCCUAAUGAAGAUGAACAUAGAGUACAUCUAUGUAACAGACUGUUAUGGAGGAGUGUACAGCCUGCCACUGGAAGAGUAUUACAAAGUGAAUUCAAAAUGAAAUGGAAAUGUCCCUUUCUUCUUCACUGUUACUGUAUAUAGCAUGCCAUCCACUUGACAACAGUCUAUAAUACUGCAACAGAAAGGCUGACAUCUACAUCAUCUACAUACUUACAACUAGUAUUAUUGCACUGAAGCCGUUGUUGUCUUUCUUAACUACAGUUUAUCACUGUAAAUGUGUUUCAGGGGGUAUACAUCUGCUCAAGUAUUUUGUCCAUUGUGCUAAAACUUUUCAAUUUCAACAUGAACAAAAACAGUAUUUGUGUUUCUGGAAAAAUAUGCUGGGGAUAAGGCAAAUAUGAUCAAAGACUUUACAUACUAACUAAAGUAUUAUGGUUUAUUCACAUCACAAAUUUUACCCUCCAAUGCACGUAUACUCCAAUAUGUAAACCUACAUGGAAAGCCAUUGGCCAUAUUCAUUUCAAUGACCUGAAUGUAGUAAGGGAGUGACUAUGUUGGCCUCAGUUUCUGAACGUGCGUUAAGUUUUUACUCAGAUCCAAGUGCAGUAAACCACACUUUUGAAUCCAUGUAAAAACUUGUGUUUGUGCGGGAAAAUGACCUGAAAGUAGUCACUAGCUAAGUUUGAGCCAUUGAAGUGAAUGAGACCCGUGUAGGUAUACGUCAGAAGCUGAUUUUGACAGGUUGCCGGCGUAUACACACAUCGGAGGGCCAAAUCCUGAUGUGAACCUACCCUUAGAUCCUAUAGUAGUCUAUUGACUAGAACAGAUGUGACUUGUUCAAUUUUUCAGUAAGAGUCUUAAGGUACAUAUACAAGUAACAUCUAAUUUUGCCUGUUUGAGUGUUUGGGCCAAUUAUAAGACAAAUUUAUUCAACAGCACUUUCUGAAAACAAGAGGGCAGGAGUUGGUAAAUCGGUAUAGAUAUUUUGCAGCAAUGCUAUUUUGGCCCUAUUUAGAUGACCAGUCAUCCAUACUGCUAUGGGUGCCUUAAUCCUUAAGUCUAAAGGGGAGAAAAGGGAGAGCGCUUCUUGGUGUGAUAAAAGAGAUACUCAGUAUAAAAAUGAAAUAAGACAGCAGCUCAUCAGUUGUGUAACGUCAUACACAACAAUUGUAAGCGCAUCAAGAGGUAGUGUAUCCGGAGCCCUCCGGCUAGGCAAGGUAUUCAAUCCGUCUGGCUUCAAGGAGAACGCCAGCUCCACGUGGCGCAG